AUGACCCGCGAGGAGGCGGAGCACUUGGAGCGUGCCGCGCGAUUUGUUUUACUGCUGGGACUCGAGGCGGGCGCGGCCGUGCUCGGCUGUGCGCUGCUGCCCGCUCUUUCGCUGAGGCUGCGAGACUCGCUGCAGAAUGGCCAGGAGGGCGCGCGGCGCAGCGGUCCAUGCCUCACCACGGAGUGCCUCGCCGCGCAGUGGCACGCAUACGCAGAGGUCUACGGCACGAAUGGGCUGGCGACAGGUUCUGCGGCGGCGCUGGGGACACGGCAGCCUGAGGCACGGCCAGCUCCUCCGCCAGAGGCUCCUCCGCCAGAGGCUCCUCCAAGUGCUCCUCCGUCAGACGCUCCUCCGCCACGGGAGAGGCCCCUCGCGAUCUGGGACUUUUAG